CCGGCUCGUUUCCGCGUCCCCUUUAAGUGGACUUUUUUUUUGUCCUCCGUCAGGUGGCGAGGCCUGAGCGGGGGGCGGCUGAUUUUGCCUGGCGUAGGCUGCGGACGGGCUUGCGGGUGCCGGGAGCGUGAGGGGGCGACGGCGGCAUCGACAGCGGCGGCAUGUCUGGGGGCUGGGGCCGGGAUAUGAUGGACUACGGCGGCGGCGGGGCCGGGAUGUCCGGGGGUAGCCGGGGCGGGGGCGGCGCGGGCGACGGCCGCAUCUAUGUGGGCAACUUGCCGGCCGACGUGCGCGAGAAGGACUUGGAGGAGCUCUUCUACAAGUACGGCCGCAUCCGGGACAUCGAGCUGAAGAGCAAGCGCGGCCUGGUGCCCUUCGCCUUCGUGCGCUUCGAGGACCCGCGAGAUGCAGAAGAUGCAGUAUAUGGGAGGAAUGGUUACGAUUAUGGCCAGUGUCGUCUCCGUGUUGAGUUUCCCAGACCUUCCAGAGGUCGGGGAGGAGGCUUUGGUGGGGGGCCUCGUGGGAGGAAUGGCCCUCCUUCACGACGUUCUGAAUUUCGAGUCCUUGUUUCAGGGCUUCCUCCAUCAGGCAGCUGGCAGGACCUGAAGGAUCACAUGCGUGAGGCUGGUGAUGUAUGUUAUGCAGAUGUACAGAAAGAUGGAAUGGGGGUGGUUGAGUUUCUUCGCAAGGAAGACAUGGAAUAUGCACUGCGUAAACUGGAUGACACCAAAUUCCGGUCUCAUGAGGGUGAAACAUCCUAUAUCAGAGUCUGUCCUGAAAGAAGCAUCAGCUAUGGCUACUCGCGCUCCCGUUCUGGUUCAAGGAGUCGCGAUUCUCCAUACCAAAGCAGGGGAUCACCACGCUACUCCUCUCCCUUCAGGCCAUUCUGAUUGCACCCAACAGGGUCUUCUAAAAUGUGAUCUGAGCUCUUUAUUUCUGCUCAGAGUUUACAUUCCAAAAUGGAUGGAUAUAGUCUUUCGUAGGAAGCCUUUCCCCCCCUUUCUAUUCAACAAUCUUUUUUUAUGACUUACAGUUUUUACUAGGGAAGUGUUGGUAUUAAAAUGCUAUGAACCGUU